UGAAGGCAGCAACCAGAGACAGAUGUACCACUCGUUAGAAGAUAGAUAGCUUCAGUGUUUCCUUUGGUCUGGGAGUCAGUUUUAUCUUAUACCCCUAAACCAUUCGUGUUGGUUUCUUACAAACGCGAUGUCUUAAACCGAGCGGUGAGAAGGCGGUGAAAAACUUUUAUCUCAACUGACUAUCGUAAUACGAAAUAUCUUCGUAUCCAUUGAAAGUUUUGAAACUGUGCUGCUUUGGUGUUGGAUGCUCAACAAAGAUGUUUUAACUCGCUUGGAUGGUUUGCUCUAUGCUGAUCUUAUUCUUCGACUAUUCACUCUUGCACUUAUUUCAGAUUUGCUGACGAGUGACAGAUAUCCUGGUGAAUUGGCGCCAGACCUGCGCCAGUCUCUUGCAGAUUUCAAGACCUGGGUUCCUUGGUGGAACUCGUCGACGAGGAGAUGACCACGGACAACGAUUGCCGAGACGAUGACGAGGCGAUGUCGCGUCAAGAGAUGGAGCAUUCCCGUGUUCCUUGUUUCCACACUCAUUGUCGGUUUCGUACAAGUGUACUUGACCCCGAUGACGAUCCCGCUAAUCAUCCACGGGCGCAUCUGCGAAGUCGACACGAGCAUCAAAAACUUCAUCGGUACGAUACGGACGACGACGACGACGACCUCCAUCACAACCACCAUCACAUCCACCAUCAUCACCAUCACCAUCAUAACGAACUUCACUCGUCAUCAUUAUCAUCAUCCACAAGAGGCACGUCAUCGACAUCUUAUCAAGGUGGUCACCAUCGGCUUCUGACGCUGUUCGUAUUCCUGCUAGCAUGGGCGGCUGUCUGCGGAGCACCCAGAAGAACAAACGACGGAAGUCUCUCAAGACACAACACUGAAUCAGAGCAUACGAACUCAUUAUACUUCGAUCAUGCCUCCUCGCAUCCUAUGGCUGCGGUAUCUUCGGUGGAAACAAUACUAGAGGCUCCGGGGAGAUCAUCGGCGCCUGAAAGCGCAAAGGACGCUUCAACAAAAGCAGCAUCGGAGGCGUCGGUGGCAGGAUCAGCGGCGGUAUCAGGGUCGACGUCAUCAAGCUAUUUGGAAACGGGUAACGAGCCAGCCAUGCUGGUGAAUGCAAACGCCAUUCCACCUCCACUGGACUCUGUCAACAUGAUACCUGGGAUGUUCCCAGGGUAUAUGUCGCAGAGGGUUGUGUUCUCUGCAGAGCGCCCUCAGACCCCUCCCUGGCCCGGCGAUGCUUCCUUCAGACCGGAAGCCUUUGACGAAGAGGGUGAUAGUGCUAAUACGACCGACGAUUCGGACGUCCCGCAUAGUAGACAACGCCGGUCGUCAUCGGUCAGUGACUUGGAAGAGGUCUGUGAAAGUACCAGUAGGUGGAUGGUCAAAAAAUGGGGAACGGACAUGUACGGACAAAACGUGACCAUCUUAUCAGAGAUCAUGACCGCUGGUAACAUUCAGGUUACCCAGUGGUUUUACGAAACCGCGUGUGCGCGUCCUCACGGGGUCCAGACGUGCUUGGGGAUCGACAACAACAACUACGACUCGCUGUGUCUGACAAAGUCAGCGUGGGUCUAUGCCAUGAUCAGGACAGCAAGAGGAGAGGAAGGGUGGACAUGGAUUGCAAUUAGCUCAUCAUGCAAUUGUGCAGUCAGACGACUGAGCCUCUUAGAACAAAUAGGGCGCCGCAGUCGGUUAACGAGACUCGAAGGCUUUCGGUAGAACCAACAUACUGUGCUCUUUAUUGCUUGUCAUAUUUCUAUUUAAAGGUAUUAAGUUAUUGACGAUGUGUUUGUUUUAUGUUACAACUUUGGUUUAUAUACAUGUUCAGGUCGAAUCUUCAGCCGUUGGAUCGAAAUGCCCUUGUAAAUAUGGGAAAACCAUCUGAGACUGCACGGUGCCACAAAGCACUGGGUAAUUUCGCAGGCUUUUGAAAAUCAAAAACGUACACGUAUUCUCAAUUCUGUUUAGUUCAGAUUAUCCAAUCUCGUCAUGUCUCUUUCAAUCAACAUCAAGCCCCACUAGAUCCGUUAUUUUCAAAGUCUCCGCUGUCCAGGUUAUCAUUCUGUUUAUUGAUGGUGCUUGCAUACUUACAUAAUCUUUAAAUGUUUUGCUUCCGGCAAUCAGUUGAUAUCUAUAAUUAUCAAAAGUAUUUUUACUGUAUUCCAAGACAAAUUUUAUAUUAACUCAUAAGCAUACAAGUUAAAGAAAACUCAUUUUAAUAAUUGUGAUUGCAAUAUAGAGAUACUGCGAAAUUGAAACUGCCGAAAGAUUACUGACACUGGUCAGAUCUCAAGGCAAAUAAAAAACUUAAUGUCGGAAAUUCCUCACCCUAAUAAAAAUACCAAUUCCACCUUCGAUUUCCUAUAAGGUUAGUAUAGCUUACAGGCUUCACAGACCCUACUUUUUUUUCCAGUUUUGCUAUGAUUUCCCAUUUACGAGUUCUGUCAUUUCGCAAUAGGCCUAUCAAAGGUCAAAUCUACCCCCCAGAAAAUGUUGAUUUGAAUAAAAUGGAGAAAAUCAAACAAGCGUAACGCUGAAAAUUUCAUCAGAAUUGGAUGUUAACUUUUUUAAAGUUUUGUUCAUGUUUAAGAAAACAGCACAACUCACUGAUAUGCAAAUGAGAGAGUCGAUGAUAUCAUUCUUGUUUUUUAUCGUAUGAAUUAGCUCUGACAAUACGGAACAACUUCACUGAACCACACUGUUAAAACAAUGGUGAUUCUGCAUGUUCAGAAAGGAAUAAAACUUUUUUCUCAUGACAAUGGGGAGAAAAAUAUUUCAUAUAAUAAAAUAAUAAAGUAAUGGU